CUCGGGCAUAUUUAACUACAUGCGCCCUGUUUCAAUUUCAAUAUUCUCGUUGCUGUGAACGGUUGUAUUACGCGCGUGUUUUUGUGUGCAAAUAUUGGAGCUAAGCUGGACUUGUGUCUUGCCUUUUACCGCCCGCUCUCCGGGUUGCAGCCCACCGCCAUCGUACUAAAAAAUAAAUACAUAUAAACCGAACCUCCCACACCAGACACUGAGAUAAUGGCAAAUUUCGAUGAUACAUUGCAACGAGCUCGCCUCGCAUACGCCAGUGGCAAGAGCAGGAAUGUAAGCUUUCGACGCAAACAAUUGGAAAAUCUACUUCGUUGCUACGAGGAGAAUGAAAAUGAAAUUAUCAGCGCUCUGGAUGCCGAUUUACGUCGCCCCAAGCAGGAGAGUUUGAUUGUGGAGACGGAGUUUAUGAAGAAUGAUAUUAAGCACAUUCUAUACCAUUUAAAUGACUGGGUCAAGGCUGAAAAGCCAGAAAAAUCGUUUGUCAAUUUAAUGGAUGAUUUGCAAAUCUUCAAUGAUCCCUUUGGCGUUGUGCUGGUCAUCGGUGCCUGGAACUAUCCGCUUCAGUUGCUCCUCGUUCCGGUUGCUGCGGCCAUUGCGGCGGGCAAUUGUGUGGUCAUCAAGCCCAGUGAGAUAGCGGCCAAUUGUGCAAAAUUUAUUGCAGAAAAAAUACCCAAAUAUUUGGAUAAUGAAUGUUAUCCAGUAGUUUGCGGUGGACCAACUGAAACUGCCGAAUUGCUAAAUCAACGUUUCGAUUAUAUCUUCUACACUGGGUCCACGCGUGUCGGUAAAAUCGUUCAUGCGGCAGCUAAUAAGUAUUUAACACCCACUACAUUGGAAUUAGGCGGGAAGAGUCCCUGUUAUAUUGACAAAUCGGUAGAACUACGCACUGCCGUCAAGCGCAUACUCUGGGGCAAGUUAAUAAACUGCGGGCAGACUUGCAUUGCCCCCGACUACGUACUUUGCUCAAAAGAGAUGCAGGAUAAAUUCGUAACUGAAGCCAAAGACGUUCUGAAGGAGUGGUAUGGCGAAAAUAUACAGAAUAGUCCCGAUCUGAGCCGCGUUAUAAAUCAGAACAAUUUUCAACGUCUUGUUGGUCUAAUGAAGUCCGGGCGGAUUGUUGUGGGCGGCAAAUACGAUGCUGCUGAACGCUUCAUUGAGCCCACAAUUAUUGUUGAUGUGAAGCCAAGCGACCCCAUCAUGGAGGAGGAAAUAUUUGGCCCAAUCUUGCCCAUAUAUACUGUUGAAAAUGCCUACGAUGCCAUGAAGUUCAUCAAUGCCAGAGAAAAACCACUUGUUAUCUACGUCUUUUCGAACUCGAGCAAGGUUGUUAAAGAAUUCAAACAGAAUACCACAAGCGGCGGAUUUAGCAGCAACGAGACUAUAAUGCACUGUGGAGUUGACACAUUGCCUUUUGGAGGUGUUGGAAUGAGCGGCAUGGGCAGGUACCACGGCAAGUAUGGUUUUGAUACCUUCACACAUAAGAAGUCGUGUUUGGGCAAGGAUCUCUCAGCGUUUGGCGAAAAAUUGGCUUCUGCACGCUAUCCUCCGUAUUCGGACGCCAAGGGCUCGCUGCUCUCGUUUCUAUUGCGCAAACGCCGCCCACUUCCUAAACUGUAUUUGACUCAUAUAUUGGCUGUUGGAGUCGGUGUGGGUCUGACAUUUUUAGCAAACUUUUACCUGCAGGUAAGAAAGGGCAAGUUGUUAUCACGUUAAAUCAAACGGCAGCACGCACAAAACACCGAUAACGGAGCCAGUGGAAUUUAUACAUUUAUAUAUAUUUAGUGUAUGGUUGAUUUUAUAUAUUUUUGUAUGACCCAAUCCCAUAUUUUAAUCAUGGUUAAAAACAAAACACUUAAAGAAAUUAUAAUCAGCUUGGUAAAAUUCA